GUGCUGCAUGGCAGGCAUCCUCGCUCUAUUUCCGCGCCUUCAUUAAUCUGCGGGAAAAGCGGAAGAAAGGUGACAUCAGAGAACGCGGACAUCUCGACGUCGGCCACUAUCGCACAAAAGCUUGUUGUCACCUCAUGUUUACUCGCCUUUCCACCACGAAUGCUUCAUUUCGAAAACAAGUCGUCGGGCUAGGGCCACGUGGAACGGUUGCUCACUGUCCAACUUUGGAGCGCGCGCACUCACCCCACUUCAUAUAUUUAACCUUCAUCUCGACUUCGUCCCGCCGCCCUCUCUCCACUGGAGAACUACAUACUCCGUCUUCUGCCUCAGAAUAAUCCAAAGCGACACCGCCUGCGAUCAUUCACUCAUGCAGCUCCUCCAGCUACUACCCGUCGUCACAGUCCUCGCGGCAUUCGCCGCCGCCUUCCCACACCCCAACAUCAACAUCUUGACCGCCGGAGAACUAGAAUCCGCAAACUGUAACGACUGCGCCCACUUCUUCGACCAGUGUCUCAACACAUGCGGCCCAAUGGACACCGCCUGCCAAUCCCGUUGCAACAAAGAAACAUGUCUCAACGGCCCAGCUCACUGCCACAAAGCCUGCUCCCGUCGAUACUGCUUCUCUUCCACCCCCCAUGACUACGCCGAGCCAGACUGCACCAUCUGCGACGAUUGGCAAGCGAACUGCACCUGCGAGUGCACGCACGAGGACCGGUACUGCCGCCUGGGCUGCCAGGGAAUCAUGUGCUUUGAAGGGCCCGCCGAAUGCCGUGGAGAUACCGUGUGUGGGAGGCUGAAUCAUUGCGAUGUUGUAGGCGCGCCGCCGACGCCCCAGUUCGUGGAAGCUAGGGCUCUUUCUACGCCAACGUCGUCGACUUCGGCUCAGGCGCUAGAACCAACCGAUACGCCUAACGACGACUGCGCUCCUUGCGUCCGGUAUUUUGAGCAGUGUAUGGAUGAGUGUCCGGUUAAGAAUCCACUUGGGUGUGUCAAUGUGUGCAAGUUCAAGACGUGUAAUGUGGUGACGGAAGAUUGUCCGUCCGAUUGUGUGCUUGGUUUUGGGGCUACGAUGGACAGUUGCAAUAAGAAGGUUAAGGUGGAUGAUGAAGAGACGGAGUAAUGUCGAACCGUGUAUAUCCUGUUCACAAAGCACGGUAUCCGGGAACAACAGCAAUGCGAGAUUUAUAUGAAAUGCUCGUAAAUUAGGUUGGGCAGAUGUGAAGCGCUUGGGACCAUAACGAGUCUUGAUUUGCUUUGUUCUCUAAAUGAACCUCCCAUAAGGCCGCUUUUGACCUGAUU